GACUGAUGGUCACUCAGUGGUAAAACAGCAGAUGUUGAUGGAGCACUGAACAGUGGUGUGAAUCUAAAAAGAGAGAUUAAUCCGAGAACGUUUCCUCAUCGAAUGACACCGAAGUGAAGAUCCUGAGAACUCAGCACCAUGAGUCGUCCACGGGGCUACAAAGAAGGUUCAACAGGUGAAGCUCCUGCCUCUCAACAAACAAAAUCUACCAGAGGGUCAAAGUUCACAUCAGAGAGAGUGGCCCUGAUGGUUCUCUGUGCUCUGAUGGCAACUGCUGCCAUUGUUAUUUAUGGUCUCUAUUUAGAUAAUUUCCUAACUCUCCAAACACUGAGAGAUGAGAAUGAAGCUCUGAAAAGAAACCUCACAGAGAGACUCAGUGAGACAAAACCAUGCACCACAGUGCAGCCUGUGUCCACAAAACCUCCUGAAGUAAAAGAGAGACUCAGUGAAACAAAACCACACACCACAGUGCAGCCUGUGUCCACAAAACCUCCUGAAGUAAAAGAGAGACUCAGUGAAACAAAACCACACACCACAGUGCAGCCUGUGUCUUCAAAACCUCCUGAAGUAAAAGAGAGACUCAGUGAAACAAAACCAUGCAUCACGGUGCCCCCUGUUUGCCCAACACCUCCUGAAGUAAAAAUAAAUGAUUCAUGUCUGAAGUGUGAAACAGGCUGGGAGCAACAUGGACAGUGUUAUUUUUUCUCCACUGGUAUUGCAUCCUGGGAAAUCAGUGGAGACCUGGUUAAGAUAGACAGCAGAGAGGAGCAGAAAUUCCUGGAGUAUAGACUGAGAGAAAAAAUGGAUAAUCCUGACGACAAGUUCUGGAUCGGACUGACAGACUCAAAGACAGAGGGUGAAUGGUUGUGGGUGGACGACUCACCACUGAACACAAGUCUGCGUUUUUGGAGGAAAGGGGAACCAGAUGACUGGAAAGGAAAUGGUACUGAUGGAGAGGACUGUGUGAGGAUGGGAGAGAAAGAAGGAGCGUCAGACCUCCUGUGCUGGUAUGAUCAAUCCUGCGAAACGCCUCACAGACGUAUUUGUGAGAAACGAGCUGGACUUUGGGGAUAACUGUCCAUGUAUCUCAAAUCCAGCUGAACUUGAAUUUUCAGCCUAUUCACUGCUACAAUCUUAGUAAAAGAUUAAGAGCAUAGAGCACUGCUAUUUUUCAUAAGCUAAUGUCAAAAACAAUUUAAAGCCUUGCAAACUUUAAAAUGCAGUUUAUUAAAGCUCCUUUACA